UAUAUAGGUCCGACAAGGAACCCACAAAACCAGACACCCAUACCCAUCAAGCCCCAACUGUGGUUUUGCCCAUCUUGCCCCAAAGCCUCAAUGGAAUUCUCUGCUAUGAACCCCUCUCUGCAAUAUUUCAUGGCCUCUACUUUCCCCCUGGCAAGUUACAGGGUGAGAAUGAUGACUCCAGAAAACCACGUUGAAUGGAGGGAAACUCCCCACGCCCACGUCUUCUCAGCAGAUCUCCCAGGAGUGAGAAAGGAGGAUAUCAGAGUGGAAGUGGAGGACUCUCUCUAUCUCAUAAUCCGAACAGAGAAUCAGGCUACUGAUGAAAUGAGAGAGGAAGAAGGAGGAGAGCGGCCAUUAAUGAGGAGGAGGAGGUUUAUGAGGAAAUUCAGAUUACCAGAAGGGGUAAACAUCACUCAGAUUUCAGCUGAAUUUCGUGAUGGGGUUCUCUCUGUAAACGUUCCUCGGUUGGUGAGUUUGAGAGAGAGAUUCAGAGUUGACCCUUCUGAUGUACCUGAUUGCCAUGAGCUUCUUGCCCCUGCAGCCUGAACAUUAUUUUGCUUGUAUUUUAUCUUAUUUUGUUAAAUGUGUGUGAUUCUCUUUUCUGUGUUCUCUGAUCUGCAUUCGGUUUAGUGUAUGUUGUUUA